AGUCCCAAUGCAACAAAAAAAAACUUGUGGAAUACUAGUACUAGAGUAUAACAUAAGCUGUGACACAGUUUUGGUUAUUUUCGUAGUGUUGGUUUUUUUCUUCUUCUUUCCCUUAUUCUUCACUUCUACUACUAAUGCAAGUCCCAAUGGGGAUACUUUAUCAGCCUUUGUACAUCACUACUACUACUUUCUUGAUUUUCCUUUCUCUAAUUUGUGUCCCAGUUUUAGCUGUUGAUCCUUUUACAGAAGCACUCUUGAGCUUAAAAUCUGAAAUUCUUGAUCAUUCAAACAGUAUAAGUGACUGGAUCUUGCCUUCUGAUUCUGGAGUCACUAGUCCUACUGAUAAAAUAUUUGCAUGUUCUUGGUCUGGUGUAAAAUGCAACGAAAAUUCCUCUUUGAUCAUUGGUUUGGAUCUUUCAGUGAAAAAUCUUGGUGGAUUUUUUUCAGAAGGUCAAUUCAAUCAUUUUACUGACCUUGUUGAUCUGAAUUUGAGUCACAACUCAUUUUCUGAGAAACUUCCUGUUGGGAUUUUCAACCUCACAAAGCUGAAAAGUUUGGAUAUAAGUAGAAACAAUUUUUCUGGUCAUUUUCCUAGUGGAAUAUCAAAUCUUGUUAAUCUAGUGAUUCUUGAUGCUUUUAGUAACAGUUUCUCAGGUCCUUUACCUAAAGAUGUUUCACAAAUUGAGUCACUCAAAGUACUGAAUUUUGCAGGUAGUUAUUUCAGUGGUCAAAUCCCUUCUGAAUUUGGUUCAUUCAAGAAUCUUGAUUUUAUUCACUUAGCUGGAAAUUCACUAAGUGGUAAAAUACCAUCAGAAUUAGGAAUGUUGAAAACAGUUACUCAUAUGGAAAUUGGUUAUAAUACAUAUGAAGGAAGUAUUCCUUGGGAAUUAGGGAAUAUGAGUAAGCUUCAGUAUCUUGAUAUUGCUGGUGCAAAUUUAUCUGGUUCAAUACCAAAAGAGCUAAGUAAUUUGACAAAUCUUGAAUCACUUUUCUUGUUCAGAAAUCAACUUAAUGGAAAAAUCCCAUUUGAGUUUGGAAAAAUCAUAUCUUUAUCAAGUUUGGAUCUUUCUGAUAAUUUGCUUUUAGGGUCUAUUCCUGAGAGUUUUUCUGAGUUGAAAAAUCUAAAACUUCUUAGUGUUAUGUAUAAUGACUUGAGUGGAACUAUUCCUAAAGGUAUUGCUAAGCUUCCAUUGCUUGAUACUCUUCUUAUUUGGGACAAUUUCUUUUCAGGGUCACUACCAAAAGACUUAGGAAAGUAUUCAAAGUUGAAAUAUUUAGAUGUUUCAACAAACUAUUUUGUUGGUAACAUUCCACCAGAUAUAUGUUCAAAUGGGGUUUUACUAAAAUUGAUCCUUUUUUCUAACAAUUUCAGUGGUGGAGUUUCUCCAUCAUUGUCCAAUUGUUCCUCUCUUGUUCGAAUCCGAAUCGAAGAUAAUUCAUUCUCAGGUGAUAUUUCCUUGAACUUUGGCAAUUUUCCUGAUUUGUCAUAUGUUGAUAUGUCUAGAAAUAGGUUUAGUGGAGGGAUUCCUGCUAAUAUUGCCUUAGUUUCAAAGCUUCAAUACUUCAAUGUGUCUAAUAAUCCAAAUCUUGGAGGUAUAAUACCAGAAAAGGCAUUGUCUUUGUCACUACAGAAUUUCUCAGCUACUAAUUGUAGUAUUUCAGGAGAUUUUCCUCCUUUUGGACCAUGCAAAUCUUUACUCGUUCUCGAGUUGAGUAUGAACAAUGUUUCAGGUAUUAUGCCACAAAGUAUCAGCAAUUGCCAAAGUCUUGUGAGUAUAGAUUUGGCCAACAAUGACUUAACUGGUCAUAUACCUGUUGAACUUGCUAGUCUUCCUAGUAUUAGUGUUGUAGACUUGUCACACAAUGGUUUUAGCGGUUCAAUUCCUGCUAAGUUUGGAAGCUCUUCUAGCUUAAAACUUCUUAAUGUGUCGUUCAAUAAUCUAUCGGGUUCGAUCCCAAUUGAGAAGAGUUUUAAGGUGAUGGAUAGUAGUGCCUUUUGGGGUAAUCCUAAGCUUUGUGGGGAACCGUUGAGGCCUUGUCGCCACGGACCGAAUGGACUAGAGUUAGGAAGUAGAAGGACACAGAAGUUGGCUUGGGUUCUUAUAACUUGUGGAGUCGUAGUAUUGGCUAUUACAGCUGCUGUUUUUGGCGUGCUUCACUUCAGAAGACGAGGUAAAGGGAAGUGGAAAAUGGUUUCUUUUAGUGGACUUCCUCGGUUUACAGCGAAUGAUGUUUUGAGGAGCUUCAGUUCUGUUGAAGAAGUUACAGAUUUGGUGCCGCCGUUGGCAGGUUCUGAUUGCAAAGCUGUUCUGCCAACAGGAAUUACCGUUUUGGUGAAGAAGAUCGAAUGGAGACCCGAAAGAAUGAAUGCUAUGUUGGACUUGAUAUCGAGGAUGGGCAGCGCAAGGCACAAGAAUUUGACAAGAUUGCUAGGAUUUUGCUACAACAAGCAAAUGGCUUACUUGUUGUAUGAUUACUUGCCUAAUGGAAAUUUGGUCGAAAGGAUCCGAACGAAGAGAGAUUGGGCGACCAAGUAUAAAACCAUUGUGGGAAUUGCUAGGGGAUUGUGUUUCCUGCAUCACAAUUGCUACCCUGCGAUCCCUCAUGGGGAUUUAAAGGCAAAUAACAUUGUCUUUGAUGAAAACAUGGAACCACAUUUGACCGAGUUCGGUGUUACAUUCUUGAAUCAGCUAAAUAAUGGUCCAUUUCUAGCAAGAGCUGGAAAUGAAACAGGUGAAAUUGACCGAGCUAUAAAGGAAGAACUUUACAGGGACAUAUACAACUUUGGUGAGGUCAUUCUUGAAAUCUUAACAAACGGAAAGCUGUCAAAUGCAGCGACGAGCCUACAGAAUACCUCCAAAGAGGCUCUUUUGAGAGAGGUUUUGUAUGAGAAUGAUGUUGCUCCAUCGAACUCGGUCCAAGAGGAAAUAAAAUUGGUUCUUGAAGUCGCUUCGCUUUGCACCAGAAAUAGACCCUCAGAUCGGCCAUCAAUGGAAGAAGCGCUAAAACAGCUCUCUGGAUUGAAGAAACAAGGGUAAUAAUGCUCUUUAACUAGAAGGCCAAAGGCCAAUAUUUAGACAUGAUUAGAUAACUCUGAAGCAUAAGUAUAUUGUAAAGUAUCUUUGUUAUUUUCAGUUGAUUUCAAUAGAGUGUUUUUUUAUGUAAAGUAGAGGAAUGUAAGUAUGUUCUGUCCUCAGCAAUAUAAGGUCUGCUAUUUUAUCUUUUUUUGGA